CGCGGCGGCGCGCAUUAUCGAGCGUGGGCGGUCGCGCAUGCCACUACGCUACACUAGCCUCCGCCAUCCUGCGAUAUGCUUUACUACGCGGUCACGUCUACUGAAACUUAAAUCAUACCAUAUCAGCCCACGUCCGUGUGAGACGACCUAUGAUGUAGAAACAAUCUGGUUGAGGCAUACAAGUAAAUUUAAGAAAUAUAAAAGAACGUGAUAAUUAUGACAAGCAAUAUUGUAUUAAAUUAUAAUGGAUUCGAAAACAUUUGCACUUAGGAAGUUGAGUUAUCUAUUUAGGUUGCUUAUUAGCAUAUCAGAAGUAUGGAUAUUCAAAAACAGCACUUAUGUCCACGGUUGGUGGAUUAUCUAACUAUAGUAGGCGCACGACCAUAUACUUCCGGCAAGGGUCUCGCUCCGGUUCAGGCUCCCGAACUUCUUCGUCGGUAUCCGCUCACUAACCACAAUGAUUUUCCGUUGCCGCUGGACAUGGUAUACUUUUGCCAGCCUGAGGGCUGUGUGUCGGUGGGACCGCGCCGCACACCCUCUCAUCUCGCCACCAGGGAUACCACAUCUUUCGUUUUUACACUCACAGACAAAGAUUCUGGAAAAACACGGUAUGGCAUCUGCGUUAACUUCUAUCGAGCCGUGGAACGCGCCCCGGCACCGGGCCCGCGCGAGCGCAGUAUGUUGCGCCGCGAGUCCUGGCGGAAGUCCAUGGAGAAAAGUUCCGACUCCGCAUUCUCCAGUGACUAUAGGAGCAGCAACGUGGCGCCGAGUGACUCGGAGCGCGACUGCAGCGCGACGCUGGGCCCGCGGCUCGCCGCCGCGCCCGACUCCGAGAGCGGCGGCUCGCAUUCCCCCAGCCCGCGGGCCACAAGGAAGCGCCAGAGAAUUAGAAACCAUUCGUUGACAUCUUUGUGUCUUCUAUCACAUCAUCCAUUCUUCUCCACAUUCCGAGAGUGCCUAUUUAUCCUUAAAAAAUUAAUAGAUGCAUGCAACGAGUCUUCCAGUCCACGACGUGUCGGUGCGUCCAGACAAAUAUUUAGAGAUACUGUAUGGUCAGUGUUAACAGGCCAAGCUUACGACAACACACCGACUAUAGUCUUACACGAUGUGAAAGAAAUAGAAACAUGGAUCCUCCGUCUCCUUUCCGCACCUGUGCCUGUACCUGGAAAGACGAGGAUUGAGCUGGAAGUUCUGUCGCCUACUGCCCAUGCACCGUUAUUAUUCGCGUUACCCGAUCAUACUCGUUUCGCAUUGGUCGAUUUUCCGCUUCAUUUACCUUUGGAACUUUUAGGCGUGGAUACGUGCUUGAAAGUUCUCACAUUGAUCCUGUUAGAAAACAAAGUGGUGGUCCAGUCGCGCGAUUACAACGCACUCUCGAUGUCUGUAAUGGCGCUAGUUGCGAUGUUGUACCCACUCGAGUACAUGUUUCCGGCGAUACCGCUGCUACCCAGUUGUAUGAGCUGUGCAGAACAAUUGCUUCUAGCGCCCACUCCGUUUUUAAUAGGAAUCCCGGCUACAUUUCUCACGUAUAAAAAGAAUUUCAGAUUACCAGACGACAUAUGGCUCGUCGAUUUGGAUGCCACAAAAUUAAUAAGUCCCACAGGCAACGAUCAAGAUUUACCCCCUCUACCCGAACCUGAGGGUUCAGUACUAAAGAAUCAUUUGAAACAGGCCAUGCAACUCAUGGGAAGUGCCGGAGCUGGUGCUUUGAGCAGUCUGACGAAUAGUACUGCAGAACAAGCGACUGCGCUAUUGAUGCCAUCCAGGCGAGACAGUGUCGGCGGAGCCACUCUCAAAGUGCAGCAGGCGUCGUUCAGAUCUUCAAGCGAUGGUGCGCAGUCGGCUCCACACAGCACGCCGGAGAGUCGGCGCGUGUCGCUAGGGGGCGGCGGCGGCGCCGCGUCUGCCGGCCACACCCCGCAGCGGCUGUCGCUCGCCUCGCCACACCAACCGCACCAGCCCCACCAGGGGCAACCGUUCAACCCGCUCAUAUAUGGCAACGACGUGGACUCUGUCGAUGUCGCCACUAGAGUUGCUAUGGUCCGUUUCUUCAACUCACAAAACAUUUUGGCCAAUUUCAUGGAGCACACGCGCACGCUACGGCUGUACCCGCGGCCCGUGGUCGCCUUUCAAAUCAACAGUUUUUUACGAUCCCGGCCGAGAACCACGUCAUUUUUAAACAAAUUUGCUAGAACACAGGCGGUGGAGUUCCUAGCGGAGUGGUCCCUGACGCCGUGCAACGUCGCGUUCCUCCGCGUGCAGACGGGCGUGUUCGACCCGCGGCAGAUCGGCGACAAGCCCAAAUGGUUCGCCGACACCUUGCAGCCCAUUCGAUUCGCGGUCUGGGACGAUGGCAGUUCACUCAACGGCGCUUUGAGACAAUUGCAACGACAAGAGAACCAGCCUACUGAUGAAAGUGGUUCAGAUUCAGAAGCCGCCGAGAGCACAAGUUCCUCAUACUCAUCACUGAGUGACUUUGUUUCCGAAAUGGUGUCAUCUGACUUAUCACCUGGUGGUAACCAUCAACAUGUCAUUGGUGAAACUUAUAGCGCUGUGGUACAAGUCCCAAUGACUUUGUCAUCAUCAUUAGAUCCGAAAACCGUGUACAGCCCGCCGUCAUCGCUGCUGUUCGGCGAGGAGGCAGAGGCGGGAGAGGGCGGCGAGAGGGGGACGGGGAGGGAAUCUACGUCUCCGUCGCCUUCGCCGUCUAGCUCCGAGCACAGCGAGCUGUCCGACGACGAGCCACCCGCCCGCGACCACGCGCCCCGCGACCAUCCGCUACCCGUUAAGAAAAGCGACACAGACAGCGGCAGUUUUGGGCGGGAGUCGGACUCGAACUCGACGACGACACCCAAGACGGUAGUGAGCCGGCAGCGGGCGGCCGCCGACAGCGCCAGCACCAGCGACUCGGAGCGCGCGCUCACGCCCUCGCACGCCUCGCUCGCCUCCGUCUCCGCUUCCGCUCCCGCUUCCGCCUCCGCCUCCGCCUCGCACGUGCCCUCGCAUCACUCGCACGUGAAGAGUACGAGCAGUGGUGUAUCCCGUCAAGCGUCGCAAACAUCACUACUGGAACAGUUUGCGGCUCAAGCUAAAGAGUUAGUGCGAGAGACCACCCGUCAGAGCAGUCAGGAAGGGAUACUCGCGCAUAUGGACAAGAAAGGAAAAGUGGCAGACGUAGAAGACAAGAAAAUAUUUGCGCCUUUUGGUCAGUUAACCCUUCACGCCAAGAAGGCAGCUGAGGAAGCAUCGAAGAGCAUGCAGGAAGCAUCUAAAACUGCAUUAGAAGCAAGCAAGACUGCCACCGCGGUUAGCAAAAACACAUUCGAAGACCUUACUUACGUAAGCAAGUCUACAUUUGGAGAUCUAACGAAGAGCGCUAAGGAGGCGGCUGCCAAGAAAGGACUUUUGAUUAAGGGAGAGAGUCAAGACUUACCCGGCGGUGUGAAUGCGCGUCGUGAUUCUACCGCAUUACAAACUACUAAUUUGCUAACAGCGACACAUCGAGACUUCUUUUCCAACAUUAGUUCCGAUUUAAACGGCCUUGCGGCUUCUACUUCCAGUAUGUUCAGCGACUUCUUCGGUUCUAAAGGCAAGCAAGCGAAGCCCGGCGAAGCUGGACGCGGCGCGGCGGCGGCUGGCGGCGCGGCUGGCGGGGCGGCGGCGGGCGGCGGGGCGGCGGCGCUGGCGGCGUCGUUCGGUCCGUUCUCGCAGGGCGCGCGCGGCCUGGUGGCGCGGUCGCCGCUCGUGCGGCACGCGUCGCCUACGCCCGCGCCCGAGCCGCCGCACCACCGCCCCGCCGCCAACACCGAGAACCAGGCCUUCCUUAACGACCUUGUGCAACAUGUUUUGGAAGGCGAAGGUGUGGGCUGGUUAAAAUUAAAUCGACUUAAAAAAUUGAUGGAAGACGAAUCUUAUAGAAAUAUGGUGCUCAGUAAACUAAAUAGAAAUUUCAACAGAAAAGCUACUCCAAGUGACAAAGUCGACGACGUGUUCAUAAGCAAGCCAGUGUGGAAGGGCAUGCUGAAGGUGCUGCAGGCGGUAGUGCACGGGCUAGAGCACACAUACUCCAAUUUCGGGCUGGGCGGCAUGGCGUCAGUGUUCCAGCUGGCCGAGAUGGCGCACACGCACUACUGGAGCAAGGAGCUGGCGGCACUAGACGGUGCUGGUGCCUCAGCUGCCGCCGCCGCCGCUGCACUGCUUGACUACCGCCACGAUCUCGACACACCCUCCUCCUCCUCGCCUUCCUCCCGGAAAAGCUCGCAGCCAGAUAUCCCGAUCGUUAACUAUCCCGACAUGGAUUCAAGCGAAGCCCAGAGUACGACUGAAAUGUUCAAAGACAUGUUGAAUCAAAAGAGGAAUUUUCUCUUCAGCAAACUUACUUCUUUUGACUCAGAUGCGGCGCCCUCGUCCGAUUGUUCGGCCGACGAGAGCGGCUCCAUCACCACCAACCGAGCUAAUCUCUUCGACCACCGCGCCUCCUUUAAGUCCAACCUCUCUGAUACUGACGUCAUGUUCCUCAAUGUUGGCAGAGGCGGCGGAGGGAAACCUCGUGCAUCGAGCGUGUUCUCUUCAAAAUCGUCGCUGGGCUACCGGCCACCGCCGCCGGUCGGGGUACCUGUCACCUCGCCGCUCACCUCACCAGAAACUGCCAGGACCUACCUCUUUCAGGGACUCAUUGGCAAAGAGAGAUCAAACUUAUGGGACCAAAUGCAAUUUUGGGAAGAUGCUUUUUUGGAUGCCGUCAGUCAAGAGCGAGACAUGAUCGGCAUGGACCAAGGUGCGAAUGAGAUGAUGGAGAGGUACAAGUGUUUGAGCGAGACAGAGAGGAAACGUCUCGAGCACGAGGAGGACAGACUAUUGUCCACUGCGUUAUAUAAUUUGACAGCGGCUAUGGUACUGUUCGGUGUAGAUGCUGAUAUCGUACGCAAUAAAGUGCGAAGACUGCUAGCCAAGAGUCAUAUCGGACUAGUGUACAGCCAGGAAGUCAACCAUCUACUCGACGUUGUUCAUACUUUGCACGGCAACGACAUCUCGCUGAAGCCGCUGGGCUCGCGGCUGCUGCGGCGCGCGUCGUUCACGGUGCACGAGGCGGACGCGGCCGGCGAGCUGCGAUUCAUGGAGGUGCGCGACGACGGCCUCGUGCUGCGCUCCACGCAAGGAACAAUCGUGGAAAGGUGGUGGUACGAGAGACUAGUCAAUAUGACGUACAGUCCUAAAAUACGAGUAUUGUGCCUUUGGAGGAAGUGUGGUGGUCAAACGCAGUUACAUAAAUAUUAUACUAAAAAGUGCAAAGCACUGUAUUAUUGCAUCAAGGAGGCGAUGGAGAAGAGUGGGCGUCGACAGGACGCGGCCGAGCUCGGCGGAGAGUUCCCCAUACAGGAUUGCGCCACGGGCGAGGGUGGCCUUAUACAGGUGUGCAUGGAAGGCGUCGGUCUUCUGUUCCACCACAGCAAGUUCUUUGUGCGGCUCGAUCACAUUCGAAAAUGCUUCACACAGAACGGAGGUAUCUUCGUUUUAGAAGAAUUUAAUCCGAAAACCAGACAAAUACUACAGAGGAAGUACAAAUCUAUUAUGGCUGACCAAAUAUGUUAUGCUGUGCUAUGCGUGUUCUCGUACUUCGCGGCCGGCCACGAGCAGAAGAAAGCGAUCCUCGAGCAGGCGGCGCGGGUGCCUCCUGCCUCGCCCGCUGCGCUUGCGCCCGUCUCGCCCUCUUCGCACUCGCAACGAAGCCCCAAGGCUGACUUUGAAGUGGUCUCGCCCAAAAAAAAGACUAGUCCGCAGGUAGAAAAGAGGUCCCCGGUGAGCCGUGCGGGUGAAGCCAGAGCAUCAUUUGCAAAAAGUGAAGGUGGCGCGCUCACAGAGUCGAGAGAGGUGACGCCAAGUGUCGCGGGGACGGCGGCAAGUAUCGCGGGGCCGCCGGCGUGUGCCACGGGGCCGGCAGCCGGUGUCGCGGGGCCGGCGGCAGGGCCGGGGGCGGUGGCGGGGGCGGGGCCGGCGGAGGGCGGGCAGGCGCACGCGGCGCUGUCCCGUGCGGGGAGCGCGCCGCCGCGCCGGCCGCCGCCGCCCGCGCCGCUGCAGCAGCGGCUCGCACGCGCACACUCGCAAGCCGCCCCGCCGCGCCCCCUCGACCCUCCACUGAUACCACCGCGCACUGGUGCCGGGGGCGGGGCAGCGGGGGCGGGCGGCAGUCGACCGGUCGGACCGCCGCCCGCCCUGCCGCCGCGACAGAUGUCCGUUGCGGCCGACUUCAGUGCAUUCAGCAAAGCGGGCGGCAGCGCGAACUCGAGCCCCGCGCGACGGCCGCCAGCCCGACAGGCGUCCACGGGCGGCCCGGGCGGUCCGGGCGGUCCGAGCGGCCUGGGCGGCUCGAGCGGCCCGAGCGCAGCAUUCGCGCCGACCAACCCGUUCACGACGCCGCGCCACCACGCCGAGUUCGUCAUCCCGCAACGCACCAACGUUCGCCGCUCAUCCACCACUGACCGGAAUUAGUAUCCCCGUCAUACCUCGAAACCCUAUAGGUACCUUUUACAAAAUGUGAUAAUAAUACAUAUAGAUACAUAAUGCGAUCAAAGGAAGAAUAGGACUGCCUUUUCGCCAUAUUGUAUUGUUUUAGUUGUCAAAAUGAUUAAGUAAAAUUAUAACACUAUGUUACUUAGUUAAAUAAUAUAGAAAGAUAUAUAUGUAAAAUAUUUUUUGUGCAAGCUAAUGCAAACAGUACUUUUCAAAGUUGGUGGGUAGAGGUAAAUGACGUUCCUAUUCUUAUAUCGAUCGCAUCGUACGCCGGCACCGAUGUAUAUGUACAUAAAUAUAUAUAUAUUUUUCUUACUAAGCCUAUUUAAUAAAUAAUUCUGGCACCUCUGUUUUAUUCUAAAAUAAAAUGAAUAAAUUAUGUUUUUGUGUUAUCUAUAUAUGAAUAUUUUAAUUUUUUUGUCUCAUUUUAGAUAACUCUUCGAUAUAUGACACACCAACAUUGUUUACUAAGUAUACUGAGUAAGAAAAACAUAAAGAACGGCAUGUUCCGUUCGUUUUAUCGCGGUGCCCUUUAGUAUUAAUGAUAAUAAAAAUGUCUGUGUUCCUUAAUUACUGUCUCUGCAAUAAUCAUAUUACUUAUAUGCUCGAUGUCCAAUGGUACCUAU